AUAGUAGAACAUUGGAACGGGAAACGAUCGCCGCCAAAUGAACUGAACUGCAGAAAGCAACCCGAAAUUGGGAUACGCAACGGGUAUUGUAUUUUGUUUGCUGGUCAUUGCUACGACGCGGUUGCAACGAUUGGUUGGGUGGUCGGUCUAGUUGGACGCUUGAUAAUUUAUCGUCGCUCAGGCAUUGUGUUUUGUCGUCCCCCAUUCUGAUUGCAUUUCAUUUGGGGUGGGGGCUUGUAACACUUGUUGAACACAUUGCUACUGUUCUGUCUGUCGCCCAUUUGAAAUCGAAAGUGUGUAGGACGCGUGUAACAAACACAGUGUCUCCGUCGCAGCCGUCAAUAUCGAUUAAACGGUUACAAGUCGUCAAUGUGUUAAGUUGUUUUUCCCAUACACAUGAGCUCCAUGUACUAAUUUAUGAUACCGACUGUAUGCCACACAGUAAACUUCAUUCUAAACAGCAAGGCGACAAACAUAACCAGACAGUUAACUGCAACAACAUCGCCAUCACACAUUGCCCUGGAAGAACGCUACACUUUCCGCUAUGAAUUUACGCUCCGAUGAUGAAAAUGGUUAGGAAAAUGGCGAAAAAUAUUCAAAGGUUACAUUCCAGUCGAUUUGUAAUUUUAUUACAUCUAUUAUUAUUUUUUAUGAAUGGGGGACCUCGUCUGGCAAUGGGUCUCUUUGUUGAUUAUGCUGAUAACACAGAACUGAUCCAGGAGACCACGGGCAAAAAUAUAACCCUGCAAUGCAGCACACCGAAUGGAGUGAUUGGUGAAAGUGAAGAUGAUUUGGUGAUUAAAUAUCUGUGGUAUUUUAUGCAAUGUGGUGAAAAUUCGGGCGGCUCUACCAAUUGCUAUCAUUCUGUGAAUGAAGAUGAUUGGACCCAGCUGCCGUGUGAGGAUAAUUUUUGUAAACCCGAAUUGGAAUUGAAAAAUGUCACUGAAAAAUAUUCGGGUCUAUACAAAUGUAAAGUGAUACCAGACCAGGUGGGCGUGGGAGGCAGUGUGGUGGUGGAUAAAUCAAAAUCCACGCGAACCUAUCAAUUGGAGAUACGAAAUGCAUCCCAAAAAAUCCCCGAAUUUCUGGAUGAAUAUCCUCUCAAUCAUUCCGUUGCAUUGGGUUCGCAGGCCGUCUUCCAGUGUCGUGUGUAUUGUGAAGAACAUCCAACGAUAAAAUGGUUUCGCCGCCUUCCACCGCGCAAUAAAUUUGCCAACUAUGAUAGUUUACAUUCCAUUGUCCAUUAUAAUGGGCGGGCCUAUGAGCUGUUGACAGCGGCCAGGGAAAAAUCAAUUGGUCGGGAUAUAUAUCUAAGUAAACUUAUUCUAAAUGAGGUGCAGUCCCGCGAUGAGGGUUACUAUGCCUGUGUUGCUAUUAGUGUUCGUGGUCAUAGUAUAAGAGAGGCAUAUCUCCAUGUGGAGUCUGUGGAGUAUGAUGAUGAUGACGAUGAUGAUGAUGGUGGAGGUGGUUUUCCGGCCUAUUGGUCGGAUUAUAGUGAAGAGACCGAUGAUGGAGCCACCAGUGACCCAAGUGAAUUUUGGUUACUCUUCCUAAUGCCAGUUGGUUUGGCCAUUCUGCCCCUGACCGUGUGGCUUUGCUACAUUGCCCACAAACGUUGCAGAACUGCCAGCAGCAAUUCGGAGGAACUGUUGUCCAUCGAUCAUCAGCGUAUGUUAAGAAAAUAAUCCGCUUUAGUUUUUAUUUUAGUUUUAUUGAAAUUUAUUUAAUAAGUUAUUCGAUAAGUGUUUAAUACUCGUAGUAUCGAGUGGCCAAAGAAUGAAUUAUUUUGUUUAGAAUAUUUAAUUUUUAUUUUCAUUUUCUUGUAAACUAAGUGAAUUAGUAUUGUAGCUAUGAGAAAU